CAAUUUGAUUCCUUGCCUUUGUUUAUGUUCUUUGGCGCAAUUGACUUUAUGUAUAUUCAGCAUAAUGUUUUGGGCUCUCUUUUGUUCUGGUUCUAAGAUUUCAGUUUUAGUUUUUAUGCCGGAGUGACAAGAUCCACGCUGCUUCUUUGAAUAUUUUUAAAAAAUAAUCAUAUUAUUUUGAAAACCAAAAAUUCUGAAUAAGAAGUACAUAGUCAUAACACUUCAAUCCAUUCCUUCGGCGUUAAUCUUACCAGUUUUGGUCAUCGUAUGCAUAUGGACUUUAAAAUAUACUGCUUAUAUUUAAAUUAAAUAGAAUUGUAGAUAUUCGACAUGCGCCAUAUCAAACACGAGUAUUCCUUCAUGUUCGAUUACUCCGACUGUGAGAGCAAGUUCAUUGGGAUGCCCUACGACAGGGAGUUCGAGCUAAUGUGGCAGCAGAUCGGCGAGGAACUCCGAUCCAGACACAAUCGAUUCCUGGGCAUGCCCUUCGACAGUGGAUUCGAACGGAUGUGGCGCCAAAUCCGGGAGGAAUUGAAGCGGGAUAAGGAAGUAAACGACUUUGCACUCGGCUUUCGGAGGAAGCUAACGCUCUACGCAAAGGAGGAAGUGAAUAUCAGCCCACUCGAGUCUUUUAUUGAACGCAGAUAAAAUAUAUUCAAUUUUAUUGAAAGGCAUGUUAUUGUUAAAAGUACGUAUGUAUGUCUAUUAAGUAUGCAUUGUAAAGAUUACCAUCGGUUUGGUUAAAAUAAUUUAUUGUUUUCGGAAUUGGUUUCAAAGUCGAAAAAGUCAAGCGGUUGCUUGACUUCGAUUGGAAAAAAGGUAAUAAAAAAGACUUAACAUAGUUUAUGCAUUAAUUAUUUCGCUCAUCUCUUGAUCAGAUUAAAAAUCAGACGUUAUUUUAGGGAGUCUUCCUAUUCUUUGCUACACAGACCCUCGCUACUUUCUGCUCUUUGCUCCUCGUUUCUCGUUCCUGACUGACACUCAGUUUUAGAAACACUAAUGUUGUUUAAUAAUUUUCGCUCGGUUUGAAUUUUGGCAAAAUGGCACUAAAUCUUCAAGUUGUUCCCGAAAUUCUCAUAAGUAUG